AUGGUCAAAACAUCGAUCGCGGAGAAGGCCGAUAUCAUCUUCUCCGGCGCGGGACUGCCGCUCGACCUGCCGUCCUACUUACAGCGGGAGAGCACCACGAAACUGGUGCCCAUCGUCUCUUCGGCCCGCGCGGCGAAGAUCAUCUGCGAAAAAUGGAAAGCGAACUACGACUACCUGCCCGACGCCAUCGUCGUCGAAGGUCCGAAAGCGGGCGGUCACCUCGGCUAUAAAAACAACCAGAUCGACGACGCCAACUACUCGCUGGAACACAUCGUUCCGGAAGUGGUCGCCGAAGCGCGGCAUUUCGAAAAGCUCUACGGCCGCCGCAUCCCGGUGAUCGCCGCCGGAGGACUCUAUACCGGCGAAGACAUCUCCGGAUCAUGGAACUCGGCGCCGACGGUGUGCAGCUCGGCAGCAAACAUCGAAAUCAUCGCCAGCCCCGUAGGAAUGCCGGGGCGCGCGAUCGCCGGGGAGUUCAUCCGCCGGUUGCGCGAAGGGCUGACCCGUCCGAAGAAAUGUCCGUUCCACUGCAUCAAGACCUGCGACUACACCAAAAGUCCCUACUGCAUUAUCAUGGCGCUGUACAAUGCGGCCAAAGGCAACCUCCCGCGGAUACGCUUUCGCAGGAGCCAAUGCGUUCCUGUCCAAAAGAUCACGAGCGUCCGCGAAACGAUCGCUUCGCUACAGGCCGAGUUCCGCGCGGCGGAACUGCGCCGCAAACGCGGCCCGCUUUAUGAAGGGAAACCGUUCGCAAAAUUACCCGGUACUGGAAAUGAGCUGCGCGUCCUGCGCCAUGAGCGUCGAACAAACCGUGCGGAAACUGCCCGGAGUCACCGACGCAUCGGUGAAUUUCGCAUCCAACCGGCUGUCGGUCGGAUUCGACGAAUCGCAGAUCACGCCGCAGCAGAUCCGCGCCGCCGUCCAGGCUUCGGGAUACGACCUGAUCAUCGACGAACAGGGCGGAGAGGUCAACAGCAGCAGGCCGAACGCAACCGCUACCUGCGCCUGCGGUACGACACGAUCGGAGCGUGGCUGUUCUCGCUGCCGAUCGUCGUGAUCGCCAUGCUGUUCAUGCACAUGCCUUACGGCAACUGGAUCAUGCUCAUACUGUCGCUGCCGGUAUUGUUUUUUUUCGGGCGCGGCUUUUUCGUCAACGGAUGGAAACAACUGCGCCACCGGCAGGCCAACAUGGAUACGCUGGUGGCCCUCAGCACGUCGAUCGCUUUCCUGUUCAGCCUGUUCAACACCGUUUACCCGCAGUUCUGGCUCCGGCGCGGACUCGAACCGCACGUCUAUUACGAAGCCGCCUGCGUAAUCAUCGCAUUCGUGCUGGUCGGCAAACUGCUCGAGGAACGCGCCAAAAGCAACACAUCGUCCGCCAUUAAAAGACUGAUCGGCCUGCAGCCGACCACCGCCCGGCUCGUGAGGGGCGAUCACGAAGAGGACGUUCCGAUCUCCGCAUUGCAGGUGGGCGACCGGGUUUCGGAGGCCGGGGACAAAGUGGUGGCCGGCACGAUCAAUUCGCGCGGGACGUUCGUUCUCGAAACCACCGGAGUCGGCAGCGACACGCUGCUGGCCCGGAUCAUCCGCAUGGUACAACAAGCCCAGGGCAGCAAAGCCCCGGUACAGCGCAUCGCCGACCGGAUCGCGGCAAUUUUCGUACCGACGGUCAUCGGCAUCGCGCUGCUGACCUUCGCGCUGUGGCUGGCCAUCGGCGGCAUGGACUAUUUUUCGAGCCGAGAACCAGAUCCUAAUCAAGGACGCGACGGCCUCGAACAACUGUGCCGGAUCGAUACCGUCGUCAUGGACAAGACCGGUACGCUGACCGAAGGGCGCCCUUCGGUCGUCGACUGGAUCGCCGCAGGCCCCGACCUGCCGGAGUACCGAAACAUGAUCUGCGCCGCCGAAAUGAAAUCCGAACAUCCGCUGGCCAGCGCCAUCGUAAACUACCUGUCGGCACACGAAGCGCAACCCUGCGAAGUGGCCUCGCGCCGCGCCGCCGAAGAAACGGACGUGCGGAUCGAAACGGCCCAGCAGACUGGCGCAAGCAUCGUCUAUUUCGGCACGGCCGACCGACUGCUGGCCGUCAUCGUUAUCAACGAUACGCUGAAAGCGACCACGCCGCCCGCCCUCGACCAACUGCGCAGGCUGCACAUCGACAUCGCCAUGCUGACCGGAGACAGCCGUAAGACAGCGGCCGCGCUGGCCGAACGGCUCGGCAUCCGCCAUUACCGGGCCGAAGUGUUGCCCGACGACAAAGACAAAUACAUCCAGCAAUUGCAGCGGGAAGGUAAGCGCGUAGCGAUGGUCGGCGACGGCAUCAACGACUCGCAAGCGCUGGCUCGCGCCGACGUCAGCAUCGCAAUGGGGCACGGCACCGACAUCGCAAUGGACGUCGCGAUGGUCACGCUGAUGAAUUCCGACUUGCUGCUGCUGCCGAAAGCCUACGUUCUGUCGCGCAAAACCGUCCGGCUGAUCCGGCAGAACCUGUUCUGGGCGUUUAUUUACAACCUGAUCGGCAUCCCGAUCGCGGCCGGCGUGCUCUACCCGCUGUACGGCAUCCUGAUGAAUCCGAUGCUGGCCGGAGCCGCCAUGGCGUUCAGUUCCGUAUCGGUAGUCGCCAACAGCCUGCGUCUGAAAUGGAUGUCCACAGGAACGCCGCCUCUUUCGUCCGGCCGCCCGAACAACGUUCGCGCCGAUUAA